AUGGCAACAGCCGUAGCAGCAGCGAAAACUGCCCAAGCCGCCGCCAACGGCGGCGACAGCUCCUUCAGUCCUCUCCCGGGCGGCGGCUUUACUCGGCUUCGCUGGCUUCCCCCCGGCCCGGCUGCUCGCGACGGACGCGCCGCCAUCUUGGAAGAGCGACGUCCGCGUCUCCCCGCGACGUGCGCUCCCAUUGGCGGGCGCCGGGGCAGCUGGCGUCUCGUGACUGUCGCCAUAGCGCCGGCGCGCGAGGAGGCGGAGGCGGACGGCCGGAGAUCCACUAGGCGCCUGCUUCAGGGGUUCCGCCGCUGGGCUCACGGGCCGACCGGGGACCGUGGGGAGUUGAGAGACGCCCCAGCGCUGCGUCCGCCUGGGAGCCGGCGUGCACGCCUGCGGAGGCCGCUCUUCCUCCGCUGCACCCCGGGGUCGGCUGACCCUGGGGUGGAGCAAGACCGGCGGCGGCCAAGACUUGCACUGAUGGCGCUGUGGACCUCCAGCGUCUCGGGGACAAGGCGGCAGAUGUCCAGUAGAAAAACUUCCCUCUCGCAUUUCCCUGGCUCCGCGGCGACCAAAGAGCAGAAAGGGGAUGUUCGGCUUUCUCCACGGCCUGGGCUUAAAUGUGAUCUGACACUUCUCCCCGCUCAGCCGCUCUCUCCUUCUAAACUUUGACAGAAACUUUCCUUUGUCUUUACCAAUCCUUAGCAACUUCUCUACUGGGGUGCGCGACAGGUUGUGGAAGUGAUACCAGCAUAUCAGCUUUACCCAGAUCGUAGCACUUACACUUUCGCUGAUUUGGUGAUUGGCCAGCACCUGUAUAACAACGAGGGCUUCGUCUUGCUCCUCAUAAAAGACCUCUUAAAAAAAAAAAAAAAAUCUAAGUCUAAACCUAUUUUGCUUUUUAACCGCAAUCUGUGCUUUACUAGUUUCUUGAUACUGUGUGUGUGAUGGUGAGCAAAUUUCAGCAGGUAUUGACACAAAUAGUCCCAACUUAAUGCAACAGUGUGCGUAAAAGCCCCUGAAUCUGUCGCUAGAUGAGUUACAAUGUGUGAAAAUAAAUGCAAUCAACUAUACCUGAAUUGUAAUGGUUGUAAUUUACCUGAACCUGCUGUCAAAGUGUGUGUUGCCCUGUUGUACGUUAGAAACAAGGAAAUUGACAAGUGAGUUUUCAGACUUGACACACAGAAUCCUUCCAUCUCUUUUAAGGUGAAACAAAGGCAUUCUGUAAAACAGAAUCUCCCGCUUCCCCUUUCUUAACAAUAGUACUAUUGUGUAAAAUGAAAUUUACUUAAUACAUUACUUUUAAAUUCUCAAAACCUUAAGUAAAGGCGUUACAAACCU